AUGCACUUGGACAAGGAUGAGGAGGGCGCAGUGGGGUCAACUCCUGAGCAACCGGUUUUGGACGCCGCAAAACUUGUGGCAUUAACAAAGGUCCAUGAGGCUAUGGCUGCCAAGCUUUGCAAGUACAAAGCCCGUGGUGCUGGUCACCACUCCAGCACCAACUCAGCCUCCGGUACCCCCGCCCUGCACUCUCAUAGUCACGUUGGUCCGUCCAACGCCUCUUUCCCGUCUUGCGCUUCCAUCCCAGCUCCUGCCACCCCCGUUGCCCAAUCUCCCAACCCGGCCCCUACGCCUCCCAAUCAAGACUCUGACAGCACCAAUAUUGAGCGUUGUGACAAUCAGUUUGUAGCCAACAACAGUGGUCGUAUCCCCCUCCCACCCGGAAGAAAGAAGAUUACGGGGGAAGCUAUUUGGAGAAGUUUGGGCUAUGGGGCAAGGAAUGGUAUCAAGGACAAACGUUGGCUUGACCUGAAUAGCUCUAUUCGUACACUCAUGACCCAAGUCAAUCUCGACCUGACUUGCCCCUGGACAGAGCAAGACAAGGUGAAAAUUAAUGAGUGCGAGCCCCGUCUUAACAUGUUUAAACACAACUGGGCCACCGAGUGGAUGGUCCAGACUCGGUUCAACAACAAACGCUACCAAGAUAAGAAGAAAAAAGACGGCGGGAAUAGUGUUCUCGUACGGGAAUCUAGGCGUCGUCAACGUCAGCGUAUAGCUACCCCGAAUGGCCUGCAAGCAAUUAGCGAUGGGGAUGGUGACGACAACAAUCAGCCGAAGGGUCCCAAACGCCCGCGCACUGAUCGCGAAUCCAGUCCGGCGCGUCUGACUGACGAGGAGCACGAUCAUGCGGUUGCUGCACCGGCUGCUGUCCCUGCCCCAGCCGCUGUCAUUGCUUCGGUCCGCGUCGUCGCACCUGUCCCCGUUGCUGCCUCUGGUUCUGUCUCUUUCCCGACUGCUGCUUCUGUUUCUUCCCCUCCUAUCCGUCGUAGCAGCUCGGGUUGCAUGGAGGUUGUACUCCCCCUAUCUCGUCAGUCAAGUGGGGCCACCACCACACCACCAAUGCCGAAGAUGACUCCACCCCGUGCGUCCGUCGAUUCUCCACAGCCACCUGUUGCUGCUGGACCGUCUGCUGGGCCGUUGGAGGCCACUGGCCAGGAGCCGCCCAAGCGCAAUCGCGCUAGGCCCAAGAUGCGCCCCCUACGUUCGCCAUCUGAGGACGGCUCGACGCCGCAACUCCCUCUGCCGUUGUCACCGCCGCCCUCGUCGCCACGUGCUCAGAUCGACAACGCUGGGUCGAAAAGGUCCAAAGAGCCGGAGCACGCCCCGCCCUCGCCUCCUCCCCCUCUCCCUCCCCCUUCUCCACUCCCGACCGAUCUUGGCUUACCUCCGCGUGUCGAGCCCACCCAGACGACCCCCGAAGAGCUCGAGCGCCCGCCCGUAAUCCCGUCGCUGACCUCGCCGCCCACGCUACCGCCCGCCCCGAAAACUUUCUCUACCGGCAUGUACAGCACGCGCGCCAAGACUGCUGCCGCCGCUGCUGCUGCUAUUGCGCAGACCGCUGCUGCCGAGACCGCCGCCGUCGAUCAGACGACCAAAAAGGUGAAAGCCAAGCAAUCGCCGCCAAAGGCGAAAGCCGCGCAAUCGUCAUCGAAACCGAAGCGCGGAUCGAAGAAGGGCAAGGCGCCCGCAAAGAACUCGCCGCUGCAGCCUGUCGGAGACGAAACGGAUGAUGGACUACAUCGUACGGAUGAGGAAUGA